AUGACUUGCCAGACCUACAGCUUGUUUGUUCUGUCUGUCAUCAUGAUUUAUUUUGGACGUUUUGGAGAUAGCUUAAUUCUUGCUCAACUUCAAAAUGAUAUAGACCAACUGAAAGCUGACUUUAACUCAAGUCAUUCAGACGUGGCUGAUGGUGGACCUAUUUUUACGGACAAACUGAUAAAUUGGACAGAGAGAAAUGAAAAAAGGAUCAUCCUGAGCCAGAUUGUUUCCAUGUACUUGGAAAUGCUUGAAAAGACCGACACGUCAAAGGCACAUGUCAGGCACAUCUCUGAGGAGCUCUAUACUCUGAAAAGAAGCCUUCCUGAUGGCUUAAAGAAGAUGAAUGACCUCAUGGACCUGACAAAGCUUCAGAUGAGUGACUUGAAAAUUCAACGCAAAGCUGUGAAUGAGCUGUUCAGUGUCUUACAAAAACUGGUGGAGACUUCAACUUCUCUCAAAAGGAAAAGAAGCCAGUCUCAGAGGAGGUGCAAAUGCUAAUGACAUCAUAUGACCUUUUGUACUGAGUUACUGUGCAAA